AUGUCCAAAUUGCAAUAUGCAUCAGAGGAGGCUAUAUUCAGAGAUAUCCGAAAGAUGGGAUCUGGCAUGCUUUUAGAGCUUGAUUCCUCGAUAUCAGAGCUGCAGAUGGAAUUGAAAUCCCUCAUCCACACACGCAGUGAGCUUCAGUGGAGUAUGGAGCACUCAACCGAGAUCCUUAAUCCCGUCCGUCGUCUUCCUGAAGACAUGUUACACGAGAUUUUCACAUAUUGCCUUUCCAACCUGACACCGAGUCGUACUUCCUUCCAUUGUGCAAAUUCACCCCCAUGGAUCCUUGGCAUGGUGUACAGGAUGUGGGGGCAGACUAUGCUAUUGUUUCCACAGCUAUGGACGCAUGUGCACUUCGAUAUGUGUAUUGUGCCCAACCCCAUUCGUAUCCAAAAGCGACUGUCAAAGAGAUCACCUACUGACUGUGUUGUUUCACAUGAGUGCUUGCUGAAGAAUCUCCAUCUUCAACUGCAGCGCUCGGCCGGCCUUCCCCUUGAUAUCUCAUUCUUUCACGAUAUAGAUGUGCCAAAUGAAGGAGCCUCAUACCUUUGGCCUCUCAUUGCCUCUUCCUACCGAUGGAAGCAGUUGUCAACCAGUGUGUCAGGGCUCACGUUGGAACCAUUCUUAUUUAUUCAGAAUUCCAUCCCUGCACUCGAAACCUUGGAGAUAGUUGAAGGGCUGACAACACCUUCCCAUCUGGUCCAACUUUUAUCUGCUACCAAUCUUUGAAAUCUCAUCAUCAAUAAUGUUCAUCAUCCGGGUUGGCUGGACCUGCAGCUCCAAUGGGUGCAGCUGACUACUUUGACACUGAAAGGUGUUAUAACUGAUUCAAAUGCACUGCAGACAGUGCAAGUUCUCCUUCAGAUGUCAUCGCUAAAAUGGUUGACAUUCACAUCACCAGUCAUUCCUUGGCAAGUUCACCAGCAUACACAUGCGGC